CAACUCAACACGAACAAACUCUUUUUAGCAUUCAGAGUCAUGAAGACUUCCAACAUCGCAACUCUUGGAGUCACGGUCCUCACCGCAGUCAUGGGCUCAGAUGCCUGUGGCAAUUCUGGAAUAACCACUCUGAGACAGACUGCUGCUCAUAAAGACAUUCUCAUCGGUUCUGGAGCCAUCAACCCCACCUACCUCAAUGAUGCUCAAUUCUCCACGGUCCUUGCUCAGCAGUUCAACAGUCUCUCCCCUGAGAACGAGUUGAAAUGGAACUUUUUCCAUCCCACCCAGGGUUACUACAACUGGACCGCCCUCGACCGCCUUGUUGACUUCGCCGAAGCGAACGACAUGGCCGUCAAGGGCCACGGGCUGAUUUCCAGCUGCUGCAACCCAGACUAUCUACUCAACAUCACCGACCCCACCCAAUUCCGCGCCGCCAUGACCGAGCACUUUAACGCCGUCAUGCACCGCUACCACGGGAAAAUGGACCGCUGGGACGUCGUCACCGAAGCACUGCAGACAAUGGGCGGCGGCUUGAACAACAACACUUUUACCAAAGUGCUCGGCCCGGGCUACAUCGCAGACGCCUUCCGCAUCGCGCGAGCGGCCGACCCAACCGCCAAAUUGUUCAUCAACGAAAACCUCGUCGAAUCAUACCCAGGCAAGCGUCAAGAACUCUUCAACUUGGUCGCCGGACUCGUGGGCGACAAUGUACCCAUCGACGGCGUCGCUCUCCAAAUGCACAUUACCGAAAUCGCACCCAUCCCCGGCGUCAUCACAAACAUCACAAACUCGUACAAGGCACUGGGGUUGGAAGUCACGAUUGCCGAAAUGGACGUGCACACCCUCAAAAAGACCCUCGUGACCGAAAUCUACGGUAAUGUCAUCAGAGAAGCUCUGGAUGCGGGUAUCACGGACAUCAGCUUUUGGGGAUUCACUGAUAAGCACGCUUAUACCUGGUUGGCUGGAGCGAAGCCUUUGAUGUUUGAUGAAGAGUAUAAUGCCAAGGGUGCUUACUAUGUCACCCAUGCUGCUCUGACUGACUUUGUCAUGGAUGACUAGUCAAGUACAGAGCGGCGUUGACAUUCUGGGGAUCCAUCGACUCGUCAGCGUUUGAGGAUCCAGAGAAAGGCAGGAACUUUGUCGCUGGUCAAGGGAACCUCGGUUCUUUAUUGGCGGACUAGCAUUAGCAUCAGCAUAUAGAGAGGGAGAUGGUGUACUACACGGAAGAGGUUGGUGCGGAAGAGAUUGGUGCGGGAGAUAUUGGUGCGG